CGUUGUGACUAUAACGUGAAAUAAUGAAUUUUGUUGUUUUAGAAUAUGGGUGAAUAUGUGCAAUAAUUUAUUUUACAUUGUUGUGGAAAGUGUUGUGUUAUAAAUAUAAUUGUGAAAUUUAAGUGUGAAAAUGGCCUCGGAUAAAAUAAAAGUAGCUGUGCGGGUUCGUCCCUUUAACAGGCGAGAGCUCGAACUAGGGACACAAUGUGUGGUGGAAAUGGAAGGGCAGCAGACCGUCCUACAGUAUCCGCAGUCGACCCACGACAAAGAAAGGAAACAACCGAAAACAUUCGCGUUCGACCACUGUUUCUUCUCUUUAGAACCCACGCUGCCCCAUUUCGCCUCGCAAAAGACUGUGUUCGAAUGUCUCGGCCGCGACAUCCUAGACAAUGCCUUCGAAGGAUACAAUGCGUGUAUCUUCGCCUAUGGACAGACAGGGUCCGGAAAAUCGUACACAAUGAUGGGCGCGCCGGGACCUGACGAAGGCGGUAUCAUUCCACGGCUGUGCGAUGCACUCUUCGAGAGGAUCGCCCGGCAACAAUCACCCCCGGCUCUUACUUAUAAGGUGGAAGUGUCGUACAUGGAGAUCUACAACGAACGUGUCCACGACCUUCUCGAUCCGGAGACGACGCGACGCUCGCUGCGUGUAAGAGAACACGCAGUACUAGGGCCGUACGUAGACGGUCUCUCACAACUUGCAGUAUCGUCUUUUCAGGAUAUCAACAACCUAAUGACAGAGGGCAACAAGUCCCGAACGGUCGCAGCGACAAACAUGAACAGCGAGUCCUCGCGAUCACACGCUGUUUUCAGUGUGGUUCUUACUCAGACACUGUGCGACACGGCCUCAGGGGUAUCGGGAGAGAAGGCUGCGCGACUAUCCCUAGUCGACUUAGCCGGCUCAGAGCGGGCUGUGAAGACUGGAGCUAUAGGUGAUCGGUUAAAGGAAGGAUCUAAUAUUAAUAAGUCCCUCACAACAUUAGGUCUCGUCAUAUCAAAACUGGCAGAUCAGUCUUCGGGGAAGAACAAUAAGGACAAGUUCGUGCCCUACAGAGAUUCAGUACUCACGUGGCUCCUGAAGGACAAUCUUGGUGGCAACAGCAAAACUGUUAUGGUAGCUACAAUAUCGCCAGCAGCGGAUAACUAUGAGGAGACUCUAUCUACUCUACGAUACGCCGAUCGGGCGAAACGCAUCGUGAACCACGCGGUCGUCAACGAGGACCCCAACGCAAGGAUCAUUCGAGAACUGCGCCAAGAGGUAGAGGCCCUCAAGGAGAUGCUAAAACAUGCUACGGGUUCUCCUGUUGGCGAAGAUGUGCACGAGCAAUUGGCUCAAAGUGAGCACCUAAUGAAGGAAAUGUCCCGAACGUGGGAAGAGAAACUCGUUGAAACUGGUCGAAUACAAAGUGAAAGGCAGCACGCUCUCGAAAAAAUGGGAAUUAGUGUACAAGCGAGUGGCAUCAAAGUGGAGAAAAAUAAAUAUUAUCUUGUAAAUUUGAAUGCGGAUCCGUCGCUUAAUGAAUUGCUGGUUUAUUACUUAAAGGACAGAACAUUAGUGGGCGCUGACAGCGAGGCAGAUAUUCAGCUUUCUGGCCUCGGAAUCCAACCACAGCAUUGCAUGCUCGUGGUGGAAGGUGGCAGCCUGCACAUGGAGCCAGUUGGCGGUGCCAGGUGCUUCGUGAACGGCACGCCGGUCGUAUCAGGAGUGCGGCUUGGACAUGCUGACAGGAUCCUUUGGGGGAACCAUCACUUCUUCCGGGUUAACUGUCCUAAGGAAACCACAGCGGCCGCAUCAGAGCCUCAGACUCCGGCGCAACCGAUAGACUACAACUUCGCACGUGACGAAAUCAUGCUGAACGAACUCAGUAACGACCCCAUACAGACUGCCAUCUCACGUCUUGAAAGGCAGCACGAAGAAGACAAGCAAGUGGCACUCGAGAAGCAAAGACAAGAGUACGAGCGUCAGUUUCAGCAGCUCAGAAACAUCUUGUCACCGUCCACACCGUAUCCGCCGUAUUCUUAUGACCCGUUAAAAUUAGGUAAAAUGACCGCGUGCACGCCUACGACCGCAGCGCGAGUCGAGAGAUGGGCUGCGGAGAGAGACGACACGUUUAAGAGAUCCUUGAGCCGUUUAAAAGCCGACAUACUCCGGGCCAAUGCUCUGGUGCAGGAAGCGAACUUUCUUGCAGAGGAGAUGCGCAGAAACACGCGGUUCAGCGUCACGUUGCAGAUACCACCGCAGAACCUCAGCCCUAAUAGAAAGCGAGGCGCCUUCGUAUCGGAGCCAGCCAUUAUGGUGAAGCGUCCAACGCGGGGCGCUCAAGUGUGGUCCAUGGAGAAGUUGGAGAACAAGCUAGUGGAUAUGCGCGACAUGUACGACGAGUGGCGUCGCAGGCAACAGCGUGACGACAUCAUAGAAAACGACGUGGCACCAAUCGACCCUGAGACCCCAACGGAAAUUGUCGAUAAAGCACUGGAUCCAUUUUACGAGACCCAAGAGCACCACAACUUGAUCGGCGUAGCGAACAUAUUCUUGGAGGCGCUGUUCCAUGACGUCACGCUCGACUAUCACACGCCUAUCAUAAGUCAGCAGGGCGAAGUUGCUGGGAGAUUACAGGUUGAAAUAAGUCGAGUGAGUGGUGAAUUUCCCCAAGACAGAAUAUGUGAAGCUGGUUCGGACACCUCAGCCGACAUGCGCGAUUAUGACGAAGCCGCCGAUCACGCUGCACAACAUGUAACGAUACGAGUGGUGAUCAAACAAGCGAGCGGGCUACCUCCAUCGCUCUCCAACUUCGUUUUCUGCCAGUAUACACUGUGGGGCGGUGGGGACCCAGUGGUGGUACCGCCCCAUGUGAGCGCGGACACCCCACCAGCGCCAACGUCACCGACCACCGUCCCAGCACCUACUUCGCCUAGGAACCAGCUCAUGACCUUCAGAUUCGACCACAAGAUAGACUUUACCGUACCGCUGACUGAGGAGUUCAUUGAACAUUGUGCUGAGGGUGCGUUAUCCAUCGAAGUAUGGGGUCACAGAUCUGCGGGUUUCAGUCGCACGUGCGGCAACUGGGAGGUUGAACAGCAGCAGUUAGCGAAGGCGCGCUCAUUGGCCGACCGAUGGGCUGAGCUCACACGAAAGAUCGAACUCUGGGUUGAGAUCCAUGAGCUCAACGAGCAGGGCGAGUACGCGCCUGUUGAGGUGACGCCGCGCAGCGACAUAGUCACGGGCGGCGUGUAUCAAGUCCGGCAAGGGCAGCAGAGACGCGUCGGCGUCAGGGUCCGUCCAGCCGCUAACUCCGGCACGCUGCCUAUCAUCUGUCAGCACAUUGUUAGUGUUGAACUGGGGUCUGUUACAGUCAGGUCACGUCUGCAAAAGCCAUUGGAUUCGUAUCAGGAAGAGGAUCUAGCGAUGCUGAGAAACCGUUGGAGCGACGCUCUUACUCGUCGCAGAAAACAUUUACAUGCUCAAUUGCAGAAACUGGUUAAUAUGUCGCCGUCGAUGAAAAGCGAGCGUGAUACGGAAAGAGAACAGUCGCUCGUCGAACAGUGGGUGUCGCUUACUGAAGAGAGGAAUGCGGUGCUGGUUCCAAGUCCGGGAAGUCCAAUACCGGGUGCGCCGGCUGCUUGGAAUCCUCCAGCAGGGAUGGAGCAACACAUACCUGUUCUCUUCCUAGAUCUCAACGCGGACGACCUCACAACGCAUUCAUCAGGCGAGGAAGUGACAGUAGCCGGCAUGAACUCCAUCCUGCCGAAGGAGCACGGAAAUAAGUUCUACGAGCUCACAAUAUUGCAUCACCACGACAAGGACGUAUCGGCUGUAGCUUCUUGGGACUCCUCCAUUCACGAUUCACAGUACCUCAACCGCAUCACUGAAGCGAACGAACGUGUUUACCUCAUAUUAAAAACGACGGUGCGACUGUCGCAUCCGGCACCUAUGGACCUCAUCUUACGGAAGCGGCUCGCGUUGAAUAUCUACAAACGGCAGAGCUUCACAGAUCGGAUACGCAAGAAGAUAGUUAGAACUGACCAGUUACCGGCGACGGGCGUGACGUAUGAAGUGGUGUCGAACAUUCCGAAAGCAUCCGAAGAGUUGGAAGAGCGUGAGAGCUUAGCACAAAUUGCCGCUACCGGUGAAGAGGCCAGUGCGGCAGACGGUGAAACCUAUAUCGAAAAAUAUACACGUGGCGUCAGUGCGGUAGAAAGCAUACUCACACUCGACCGUUUGCGUCAAAGUGUCGCCGUGAAGGAAUUGGAACAGGCUCGCGGACAGCCAAUCACAAUGAGGAAAACCGCAUCGGUGCCCAACUUCUCACAGCUGUCGCAGGCACUCGAGAACGCGGCCAAGAACGGGACGAACAUCAUGCGCCUGGACUCGUCCUUCGAGUCGCUGUCAGGGCUUGGCAGUGGUCGGUCGGGCAGCGUGGCCGAUCUUGCGGACGAAACGCCGUGUCGCAACGUGCACCGUCAUUCGUUCGCUGCGCCCUCACAUAACGACUCCGAUAUAGUCACUCCCACUAAACCUUUCGGCCUUGCUCGGCCAACGUUCCUUAACUUGAAUUUGAACCUGAACUCACUGCGACUGCAGACGCCAAACAAGCCGUCACCAGCGAGCGCCAAGCUUGGGCUGCGUAUGACAACGUUGCACGAAGAGCCCGGCCGGAGGAACGAUGAUGAUUCGCACUCCGAACCAGAGGCGGCGCCUACCGAUGAACUUACCACACCGCGAUCUCAAGUCAAUAACCGAAUUCACGCGGAUCAUGCCACGCGUACCCGAGCGUCGUCACGUGGAUUCUUACCUACUUCGAAGACGUUAGACUCGCUUCACGAACUUGCAUGCGAACGAGUACCGAAUAAGAACUCUCCUUCAAUAUCAUCCAGUGGAUAUGGCUCACAGGCAGUGUCAUCUACAAACUUAACAAACGAUGACACGCUCUCGAUAAGGAGUAUGUCAGUCGACGACACACCUGACUUCGAUAAAACAAUGGACUACUCACAUCUUAGUCGGACGAAAACCUCCAUGGCUGGACUUAGGAACGAAAUCACCGAACUCAGGAACGACAUAACUGAACUAAAGAAUGAAAUAGUCGAAUCAAAGAACGAACUAGAAGAGACAUCGUUCGAAAACUCGAAAGCGAAGACGCCGGUACUAACCCCUGGUUCUAGAAAUCGUAUUAAUCCAUUCUUAAGAGAUUGUGAGGAGGCUCCGAAAAGUGAUCAAUUAGUGGAUCCUUUGGGAGCGUUGCCUGUGGAAAGCACCGUAUUGUCUAGUCAGUCACACAAAACAGAGCCUGUGCAAGUUAACGGGGAGGCGAGUCACGAAACGUCGUUUGGUGAUGCAGAAGUAGAAUCAGAGAGUUCGGAACAGUCAAGUCACGAGACGCGGAGUCGUGAAACAUCUUCUGUCGGAGAAAGUGAUUCUCCUGGGACAGAUCAAGUCGUCAACACUUCGUUGCCUGCGGGAAAGGUGGUACGCCGCCGUGCAGGGGCGUCCGCACGCAACGCCAUGCGCCAAUCGUAUCCGGCUGCGCGUCCCAAGUCUGCGCACGAGCCCGUAAACGCACACGUACGCGCGUUACGUGACACGCCCGCUUCCUCUACAGAACGAAUUGGCGAUGAAGAAUCUUCGGAGAGCGGGCGUGUACACACAAUUCCAGAAUGGCUGACGGUUGGCGAAAGCGUUCAGCUUCGACUAAGCAGUAGUACGGGCGUUGUGGCUUACAUAGGUCCUACGCAUUUUGCUCCUGGUAUAUGGGUCGGGGUGGAACUGGAUGCACCUACUGGUAAAAACGACGGGUCAGUGGGCGGAACACGGUACUUCAACAGUCGCGCGCGGCACGGCAUCUUCGUGCGCGUAGACAAGCUCGUACAGGACCGACGCGGACGCUCCGUGCGCGCGUUCCGAGACAGCGAGAUGAAACGCGCCUCCAGUAAGGGUGACGGCCUACACAACCUGCACAGAUCGAGGAGUCGCGGCGACAGUAUAAACACAGUGGGCACCAAGGCUCGGGGGAAAUAGAUCCCCCACUGCAUCCCGCAUCGCCCCCGCUGAUUCGGACCGAAUUUACUGUUUCGUCCAAGUCUAUUUUUGUUGCAGUCCUGUAACGCUUUAUGGUGCUUUGUCUCUUUUAAACACUUGCUGAAUUCCAACCGAUAUAAAUACCGAGUUUUGCAUCCUUAGUAUAUUUACGUCCCACUGCUGGUGAUCCACGCUGCUGCAAUGCGAGUUUGUGGGUUUAAAGGACUAUUAUCGCAAGCUACUAAUGGUAAUAACCGGCCUCUCACGGCUUAACGUGCUCUAAGAGGUACGGGGGUUGGCACCACAAAUUUCCUAACUCCGGGCUGGUAGAGAAUUCUUUAACAGAAAAACCCA